GUACACAAUUCCUCUAUCACUGUCUCUCUUUCUCUUUCAUUUGUUUUCUCAUUUGUAAACCAUCGUUCUCUGCAUCUUCGCUUGAGCAAUGCCCCUGCCCCUGUUCCUAGUGUACAAUAAAGUGGUAGCAGGAGAGGGAUCAAAUCCAUCAGCAAUUCCCUUCCCACCGAGACGAUAAUCUCGAUUUACGACGAAUCCACACGAAAGAUAAGUUCGUCUAGUGUACGACACUGGUCGUUUCUUCCUAGUUCCAGUCGUUGUGUUUCUGUUUCUUUUCGCUUGAGUUUUUUCGGCCGCGUUGGCAGAAACAUCGCAACGUGCAACUCCCCAUCACUCAGGAACUCGAAUUUGUUUUUUAACAAAAAUAAACGAUCUUUCGGACGCCUUGAACUCAUCCUGUCGUCUGUUAUCCCGAAGGAAGCAGGAAUUAACGGUAAAAAAAUGAAAAAUCGGGUACGGUGAGAGUGCAAUCGAGGUUAGAAACUGAAAAACGUCAAAAGUGUCAUGAAUUCUUGUAUUCAGCAACUCAGCGACCUGUGUGUGAAACAGUGGAAACAGUGCGAAGUAGGGGAGUAUCCCCGCGAGUGAGAAAAUAAUCAUCAUCGAGGAUUAUCUUAAAAAAGUGUGAAAUAAAAGGAAAAACUGAAAAUUCUGGAUGAUAGCAGAAGUUCUGAACGUUCUUCACCAUCGAAACGAGUUGAACAGUGAUGAAGAUCGUUAUUGCAGCCUCAACAAAUUGCUGAAAACUCCAUUUUGUUGAAUCCUGCUAACAAAUGACGAGUGAUGAUUAUGUUAUGAAUAUGUCAGUGAUCACAGGAUCAUGAGAAAAUUCGAGGAAAAUUCAUUUUGUUAGGCAAAACUGGUGGAGACUAGUGUAACACAAUACGUUAUUUAUGUUUGUCCUUGUGACAAGUGGAAACAUACGCAGAUUCGUGGUUCAAUAGAUAAUAAAGAAACUAAAAGACCUGGAAUCGACAAUGGUGAGCCACAGAUGACUGUUAGCCGAGCCAGUUUAGCUCUCGUUCAUCUUUAAUAUGAGCAAAGGAGUAGGAGUGCCUACUGGUGGACAAAAUCACCAGGAGUGUGUGGGAAGCAUCAAACGACACAAAUCAUCAAGCUGUAAUGUACCACUUGUACAUGGCAGAUCAAAUCCACCAAUCAACGUACGCAAUAGGCUCACCACUCAUCAACGAAACCAUAGCUUGGAUUUUAGGUCGAUGGGUAUCUUGUUGCCACCAGUUCCCCAAAUAACUGUGACAACCCUAGCAAAUCAUCAUCGCAAUCGUAGUCUGGAUUCAGCGUUACAACGUAUUCCAGAGGUGGAUGUAACUCCCUCACCAGAAUGUGAAACAAUUCCAGACAUCUCCAAAAAAUCCUCAACCCCAACAAUAAAACCUCGAAGUCGUGAACGCGAGGAUUUGGCAAGUUUAGGGUCUGACGAUUCUGGAAUUCUCUGUGGCUCGGAUAGUGGCUCGAGUGAUGCUGCUGCUGUGACCACUCGUGAAUCGAGUGUUGAUCAUUUGGACAGUCGUGAGAGUCUUGACUCGUCGUUGUCCCAAUCGGGAGACAUGGACAGUGUCGAUAUCACUGAUACAGUUGAUCCAAUUACUGAACCAAUUGACAUUACUGAAGAUAAAAUUAUGAUUAUUACGAAGAAGAGUGAUGAUGACGUGGAGAAAACUAAUUCCUAUGACGAGUACAAUGAUAAGAUAGCCAAAGAGGAAAGAAGAGAGACAACAAUAGGUGUUAAGAUGGGUUUUAAAGGCAAUGAGGAGGUGGUGGAGAGACAAAUGGAAUUAGCAGGAUCAGCAAUUGUUCUUUGUUGUGGCUCAACUCAGCCUGAAGAAGUGGAAAAUGAUAAGCCGGUGAGAAAACAGGAGACGGCACAGCCAAAAGCUACUGAGGGAUGUCUAUUGAGGCUGUUUGAAAGUCAGAUAUUCGAUAUGUCAAUGGCUAUCUCCUAUUUAUUCAAUUCUAAGGAACCUGGCGUUCAGAGCUAUCUUGGAAAUAAAUUAUUUAGCUUCAGUGAUGGAGAUGUUGACUUUUAUCUACCGCAGCUUGUCUUAAUGUAUAUUCAGCUGCAUGAUGUCACCGAGGUGCUUUAUCCGUAUCUUGUCCAUAGGUGCAGACAGGCCGCUGAUUUUUCACUGAAAUGUGCGUGGCUUUUGGAUGCAUACAGUUCGGAUGCACAUUUACCAUCAAAAAAAAAGUCACACGGGACCAAACUGAAGAAUUUGAUUCUCUCGGAUGAACUUCGAAGGAAUAGAAGAGCCACGGAUGCUACGAGAAAACAUAAGGUUUCCAUACAAGGAGGAGGGCUUCAACCAACAGCACCAAUAAUGGUUUUACCACCGACUCAACUCAUCACUUCACCCAACAAGAAAACACACCAAAGAUCACAAUCCGAUGCUACUGGGCUGUUUCAAUCAUUGCGUCGUAGUAAUUCUGGUAUAAUAAGUAAAAUAAACCUGGGGGAUCUGAGUUCCGGCCGAGCAUUCGACAACGGAUGUACCUGUUUUCAUUCCUGCCAAGGUGUAGUGAAUGACCUCCGAGGUCAGAAGACUGAUUGUUGCUGUGAUGCACCCCGUCUUGCUCCAGAAUUGGAAUUUAUUCAAGCGCUCAUCACAAUUGGCAAACUACUCGGUACAAUUCCCACAAAAGAAGCUAAAACAGUUCAGCUCGUAGCUGAACUAAACACACUCAAUUUAAAUCUCCCGGCACGUGUUUGGCUUCCCUUACACAGUUCAAUACCCCAUCACAUUGUUAGGGUACCUCCACAAUAUGCAGCAGUGCUCAACAGCAAGGAUAAGGCUCCUUACAUAAUUUACGUGGAGGUCCUUGAAGUGGAGGAUCUCUACACGUCUCCAGUGCCCACUAAAAUAAUGGGAAGUUCUUUGAGACAUACAAAAUCUGAGGAAAAUCUUACGGGAAGUGAAAAUCCUUCGGAGGAUCCUACUAUUGCCUCGACGACAUCAACUGGACAAAAUAACAAAACUCCAUUAAAGACUGCGAACAGACCGCUAAUAAAUUUAUCAAAUCCCCCUUUAACACAUCCCUUCAAUUAUCCAGACUUUAUGAACGAUGACCCUAGUGAUUGUUGGAGUCAAGAAGACGAUGAAAUCACUCAGCAGUAUCUUCAGCUACGAAGACCCAGGGACACCCGAGAUCGUGAUACGAUAUCUCAAUUGAGUCAGGAUUCGUCGGACUCCAGAGAACCAAUUUUUGUACCUGGGGAUAUAAAAAGACGAUUGAGUGAGAUGGCAGCAACUCCAUCAACGACUUUUAGUCAUGAUCCUGAGGAUCCUUCGGCUGCUGUUCUUAAGGAGCCUUGGGAGCUGAAACAGAGAAGAAUCAGGACAUCGAGCCCUUACGGUCACUUAGCAUCCUGGAGACUUCUCGCUGCUAUUGUAAAAUGUGGAGAUGAUCUCAGGCAGGAAUUGUUGGCCUCGCAGCUAUUGGAGAUGUUGGGGAAAAUAUGGCAGGAGGAAAAUGUACCACUUUGGCUGAGGCCAUAUAAAAUAUUGUGUUUAUCGAAUGAUAGUGGACUCAUUGAACCGAUUUUAAAUACUGUAUCGUUGCAUCAAAUUAAGAAACAUUGUCAGUUGACGUUGCUGCAGUAUUUUGAGAGGGAAUUUGGAUCAGUUAAUUCGGAAGAAUUUUCUGUGGCUCAAAGGAAUUUCCUGCAGAGCUGUGCAGCUUAUUGUUUGAUUUGUUACUUGAUACAAGUCAAGGACAGACACAAUGGGAAUAUUCUGCUGCAUAGUGAUGGACAUCUCAUACAUAUUGAUUUUGGAUUCAUCCUCUCGGCAUCGCCCAGGAAUCUUGGCUUUGAGAGCAGCCCUUUCAAGCUGACACCCGAAUUUGUUGAGGUGAUGGGCGGCAGUGGGUCGAAAAUGUUUCAAGAAUUUAAAGGGCUCAUUCUGCAGGGCCUUGUGGCUGCUAGGAAACAUAUGGACAAGGUGGUCAACCUUGUGGAAAUCAUGCUUUCAGGUUCACAACUUCCAUGCUUCCGCAGUGGUGGAGCUGCUACAGUUCAAGGUUUGAAAAAUCGUUUUCAUUUAACUCUCACGGAAGAUCAACUGCGACAACACGUCGAGGACCUUGUAGAAGGAAGUAUUCACUCGUGGUCCACGAAAUUGUAUGAUAGAUAUCAAUACUUUGCCAAUGGCACUUUAUAAUUAUAUGUAAAUUAUUUUAAAUAAUCGUUUUAAGCUUCGAAAAAUCGUAUCGUCCAUUUUCAUUUGCUUUGGUACAAUAGGGUACCAUUAUCAAUAAAACUUAUAAUUAUUUUGUUUCACUUCAUUGAGUAAUUUUGAUAAUUCUUAAUGCUUUAUUGGAUAUAUCAUUAAUUGUCUCAUUGUGCGUUACUCAUUUUACUAAAAUGCCAUUUCUUCCAAAUGCUUUUUUUCGAAUAAUAAUCCAGCAUUCCACGAUGUACACGAAUGAUCACUUGAAAGAAUUAAUCGAUUAAAAUGAUUAAUUCUCAUAUUAUUUGAUCAAUUUUUCAAUUUGAAAUUGACUGUAAAUAUUAAAUAAUUGGUAUAUGUCAUGUCUAAUGUAGGUUGAAUACUUGAUAAUGACUUCAAAUAAUGUUUAUUAUUGCGUUUUGAAGUGGUGAAAGGAGAAAAAGGCAUUUGUCCGCGAUUUUGGGAAUUUCUUUGUAAUGAACUGAGGGUAAAAUGUCAAAAGAUAUUUUUAUAUUGCAAAAUACGCGAGCUACAUAACAUGUCUUUCGAUAUAUUCACCGCAAAUCCACUGAUUUCAGAGCCAUUCUCAAAAUAAUCAACAUUGAAUUUUCGGAUUGCUCGGUCUCCUUUUCAAGUACUUGAUUAGAAUUGGCGUUAUCUCGACAAUUCAUGAGUUCGAAAGGAAAUGUCUGAAAACCUUUUUCCUACAGAUUUUUUUCAGCAACAAAAAGGCAUCUGUAAAUUUUCCUCUAAAGCUACUCUAGUUCGAGAUAAUUUCAAUUUUUCAUCACUUCAUAACUUCUGUCCAGAGUGUAAAUUUCAAGUUAUUUAAUCAAAUAAUAUCGCUAUAGCUUAAAUGAGAUGAAUAUUUUGUCGAAGGUGCCUUAUUUGUAGGAACAAAUGUAACGAGAAAUUAAUGAAUAAACAAAAAAGGAAUGUAUGGAAAACCAAAAAAUGCAAUUGAUGUAAUGAUACAGUGAGGAUUUAUCUGUCGUAUGUAUUUCUGUAUACAUAAAAUUGAAUGAGAUCGGUAGUUGAUAAGAAAAAAAAUCAAUCACUUUUUUAAUUCUAAUUGAAUCAUUGUUGAUCAAUAUUGACUGUCCGGGGAUAAAAAUUGAAAAUAAUUGAUAAUUCGAUGAAUCCUACAGUAAACUGAUUUUGUCAAGGGAAUUCGAACAAACUUUGUAUUGAAAUGGUAAAAAGUAAUAACUCGAUUUGUUUGAUUUCGCCAAUUAUCAAAUUCUCUUGAUGCUUUCCUACAAUGUAUUUGGUCGUACACGUUUUACAUCAAUGAUUUUUCGGGCAAUGCUUUCUGAUCAGUCACAAUGAGGAUAAAACAGAAUUUAUAUUGAAUAUCUCUGGACCUCCACAAUUUAUUGUAUAACUUUCCAUCUCAACAAUUACGUUUUUGUUUUGCAUGACAACCAAUUAUCUGCAGAACUAAUCUCUUUCCUUCCAUUUACUGCACAAUUGUUGGAGAAUGUUCGAUAAUUAUCCGAAAUUUAAGGUACUAUAUCCCAUUAUUUUUGGUAAUCGGAUCUGGUAAUCAAUUGCGUGAAGCAUUUUUCAAAUAAAAUUACAGUGAUUAUUUCUCUGUUCGUUUUGCUAAUCGUCCUCUAAUAUUGCAAUUGUUCCUAUAGCAAAAUAAUUUGAAUAUUAUCCUUCAAAUUAACAACAUCAACUAUUUCUUAAACAGAUCCGAUAAUGAAAAAUGAUUCGUGGAAUGCCACUCAAUUCGCUAAAAUGAAUCGAAUAUUUUCCUCAUAUUUUUCUGCGUAAUGACCAUGGAGAUAAGUUUUGCACGAAAAUCCCGAACUUUCAAUCUGCAAAAGACUCGGAAAAUAUUCGAUAAUUUCGGAGGUCCUGUGGGAACGAUAAUUAAUGACUAAAGGAAAAAUUGUUAGAUCACCUUUCCGUAAGAAUUUUCAACAAGCGAAAGUAUUUUGCUAUUUUGUAAUAAUAUCACUCAUUUAAUCAUGCUAACUAUUCAUCAUUCUGUACCAGAAAAUGUAGAAGAUAAAACAAAUAUGAUUGUGUAAUUAACCCAAAAUGAUUGAAUCUGGUCGAGAUUAUCGAAGAAUAUAUUUUACUGCGGAUUUUUUCCUCGCAAUAAAGGUUUUCUAACACUUUAUCCUAACAAAUAUCACUUUCAUUUCGUUAUGUCGUUUUAUCACUUCAAUCUAAGAAGUUGCAAUCUUAAGCAAAUCAGCCAGCGAUCCAAGUGUACUAUAUAAACAUCAAAAUACUCAAAGGUAUCCAGAAAUAAUAAAUAUAAAAAAAAACUUUCCUACUUUAUAUAAAUAAAUAAAAAUGCAUUACCUGAUUAACAGGUAUGCUAGAAUUUUGAGGGAAUAAUCACGAAAGUUUUUACAUGUUCUUAUUGCAUAUAAUAAAUUUAUUAUUAGCUAUUAAAAUGAAAAUAAGGUAAAACUCCAGGAAAAACUGAGAAAUCCAAAUUGCAAUUUUGGAUAAAUUAAGAAAAAAAAAAUUACUGAUGAGGAAAAUUUAAUGUUAUUGCCAUUUUAGGUUUAUUCAAUUAGGUAACUUUAAAUUAUUGUCAUAGUCAUGAUACUGUAGUUAUAUGAAAAGGAACCAGUAAAAAAAAACAAUAUAUUGGUUGAAGAUAAUUGAGUGUGGGUGAGAUAAGACGAGGCUUUAUUCUUGAAUUAUGUUUCUAAAAAUAUUGAAAAUAUCAAGAAAUAAUUGGACUUGAUGUAUGAAUUUAAAUCAUCAAUUUCUAAUUUUAUAUUCCGCGUCAUUAAACUCUAAAUCAUAUUACAUCGUUAAUCGUAUAAAUUCUUGAUCAGCAAUUAAUUAGUUAUUAAUCGAUUGAAGGUUAAUUUAAGGAUUUUAUUUUUUUUAUUGUAUAUUUAUUCGCAUAGUUGUGUUAGUUCAUCAUAUCCUGGCGUUGUGGAAACAAGAUUGCGUAAUUAGAUGACAGAGAAAAACAAAAAAUUGCUCAUACUUGAAUUAAUUAAAUUUGUCAUGAACGAGGUCUGUAAUAUUUAGAUGAUUAAUGAUGACUAAUAUUCAUUUGGUUUGAAUGAUACCGUGAAAAAAUGAGAAAAUGACGAAAAUGUGUUAUUUUCUGAGCUUGUUGCUGGAAAUUGAAUAAAGUAUAUGCAUUUA